GUACAAAUCUGAAAUCAGAAAUCAGAAAUCACAAAUAAAUUAGUCCCUAUUUAUUUUCAUGCCACUUUUCUCUCUCUAUUUCACAUCCAUUCCAACCAGACUCCAAUCUCUCCUCUCACUACCAAAACCAAUCAGACAGCACCCAUCAAACCCACUUAAUACAUACGUAUUCUAGAACCUCUGAUAUGCCAUGGAUUCGUUUGUUGUGGUAGAAUUACAAGCUUUCUUCUUUGGGUUGUAAUGUGCUGCUCUGCUGCUUAUUGAGCUCGUUUUAUUCUGUAUUCCUGAUUAUGGAUUUAUCUGUUGAAGGAAGUGCACUUGAUCCAUCCAAAUGCACCAAGCUAAGCAUGGAUGAAAAGAGGGAGUUUGUCUAUCAAUUAUCAAAGUGCUCAGGUGCCUCUGAAAAGCUGCAGUCAUGGAGCCGUCAGGAAAUUUUGCAGAUUCUGUGUGUGGAGAUGGGGAAAGAGAGGAAAUAUACAGGCUUGACGAAGUUAAAAAUCAUAGAGCAUCUCCUCAGAAUUGUGUCUGAAAAGAAAGCAGGCGAGUGCGAUGUCACAACAGAUGCUGAGACAGAACCAUCUCCUGCAUCUGUCCAUAUAUCUUCUAAAAGGCAAAGAAAAACUGAUAAUCCUUCACGGAUAACCGUUUCUGUGAACUAUAAUGCCAGCAGCAGCGGAGGAAAUGAUUUAGGUAAUACUGUAUACUGUAAAAACUCAGCUUGCAGAGCUGUCUUAAAGCAAGAUGCUGCAUUUUGCAAGAGGUGUUCAUGCUGCAUCUGUUAUAAGUAUGAUGACAACAAAGAUCCUAGCCUGUGGCUAACUUGCAGCUCAGAGCCUCCAUUCCAGGCUGUUGCAUGUGGAAUGUCCUGUCAUCUUGAUUGUGCCUUAAAACAUGAAAAUACUGGUAUUGGAAAAGAUGGACAUGACGGGAGCUUUCGCUGUAUAGCUUGCUGGAAAGUAAAUGAUUUGCUUGGAUGCUGGAGAAAACAAUUGUUGAUGGCAAAAGAUACCAGGCGAGUAGACAUACUAUGCUAUCGUGUAUCCUUAAGCCAAAAACUUCUUAACAGGACAGGGAAGUAUAAAAAACUAUACGAGAUUGUAGAUGAAGCUGCAAAGCAGCUUGAAGAUGAAGUUGGUCCAUUAACUGGCUUACCUGUAAAGAUGGGUAGGGGUAUCGUCAACAGACUUUCUUCUGGACCGGAGGUUCAAAAGUUGUGUGCUUUUGCUUUGGAGUCGCUGGACAAAAUUCUUUCAAGUACGGUUAUGCAUCCAUUCUCUGCUCCUAUACCAAGAGACUUAAAUGCAACUGCUUCAACAACGGUCCGAAUUGAAGGUGUAAAUUCGACUUCACUUGCAGUGGUUUUUGGUUCUGAAAAUAAUUCACCAGAUACUGUUAUAGGCUAUACCUUAUGGCAUCGCAAGGCUGAGGAUACAAAUUAUCCAGUAGAACCAACAUGCAUGCUGUUUGUUCCAAAUACGAGGUUUGUUGUUACUGGCCUUUAUCCUGCUACGAAGUACAACUUCAAAGCUGUUUCCUUCAACGACAUAAGGAGGGAAAUGAGCAUGUGUGAAGUUCAGUGCUGUACACUGGAUGAAGUCCCGAACUGCUCAGGUGUGGAAAGAAGUCAAAGCCCAGUGACCAAUUGUAGCAGUCUUUCUAAUCCAUCUUCUAUGGAAGAUGAAACUAAUCACAAUGCCCCAUGUCGUGACCAAAUUGUAAACCGCGCUGACGAUUAUCCUAGUUUUAGUAAGGGUGAUGAGAAAACAUUUUCUGCCAAUCAGUUGAAUGGUAUCGUAAGUUGUGAUGGAGCAGGUGACGGUAGGACCUUAGCAGAUACAAGUACAAUUCCCUUGUUAGCUGAGGAACAUGACAUGCCGAUAGUUACCUCCGCUCCUGCUUGUGAUGUGAACAAGCAUUCGCAGGAGAGCCAAAUAGUUGAUGAGACGAGCACCGAAAAUGGAUCAGAUACCCCUAUUCAGGUUGGCUUGGAAUGUGUGCCAUUUGUGAGUAAUAUGGAAGCUAGCUUGCCAAUUACUCCCUGCAAGUUGGAAAUGAUCAAGGACGUGCAAGGAAGACAUGGAAGGUCCAAAUCCAGCAACAAGGAUUUGUCGAAUGGAAAUGGGAAAGGAGAAGAGGCCCAAGACAGAAGCACGUCAAAGAAGAGAAACGGGGAAAGACGAGAUGAAGAAUGCAUGGCUAAUGCUCAUUCAGACAGGGAUUUGGAAUAUUAUAUAAAGGUGAUCAGAUGGUUAGAAUGUGAGGGACAUAUAGAGAAGAAUUUUAGGCAGAAAUUCUUGACUUGGUACAGCUUAAGAGCAACACCACAAGAGGUUAGGGUUGUGAAGGUAUUUGUCGAUACAUUCAUUCAGGAUCCGGCAUCUCUUGCAGAGCAGCUUGUUGAUACGUUCUCAGAAUGUGUUUCAAGUAGGAAUUCAUCGACCGUGCCAGCGGGAUUCUGCAUGAAGCUUUGGCAUUGAGACAACCUUACCAUAUUGUGACGAUUAGAUAACAUAAUUUACCACACCGAGCCGAAGCAGGUUCGUGCGGGAGUAAUUCUUUAAACUCGAUUAACAUUAUUGGUUAAGACUAGUUUGCCAUGAUUUACAUAUGUCAUCAGCAUUUGCCAUUCAUUAGUUGUAAGAGUAUCAGAUUUGAUUUUCUUUCAUAAUAUAGUGUCCUUCUCAAAAUCAUUUUAAUUUUUGGAAUUGGCAGUUGAUGACUUGAUGUGUUAUGGUGGCUAUAAAUUCAUAUUAACUGCAAUUGCAUUAUUAUAUAAAAAGUCCUUGAAUGGUUGAAUUUGA